UUCAAUGAGAGCUCCACGAUAAUCAUUGGACAACAAUUGUUGUUUCAUGAAUUCAUCUUCUUUUCACCUCUGGUUACUGCCACAUUUAACCAUAGUGCUUCAUUUUUAAAGUAUUGAUGUGAGGAGCCGCUCGUGCCGUUCCCGUAUUUGGAAUAUAGGCUAAUCGCGCGCACACCGAAAUGUGGACAUAAAGCAUGACAAUGAAGGAACAUUACAUUUAAAUCUGGAUAUAUCGGCAUCUACACAAGAACUGCAAUAAUUCUCUUAUGAAGCUGAAAAGGUUUCAGAGGAUUGUUAGGGCACUGUAACGGCUCUCAGUGCGUGUGCGCAUGCUCCUCCUCUGGCUGACCCCAGCACCCCCUUACACUGCUAUGCCCCCUGUCCUGUCUUCUCAUCACCUCCAGAGGAAGCACUGCUCACCCCUGUAGGAAUGCCUGCUCAGGCCUGGUACCUGCCCCCACCCGCCGCUGCUCCUGCACCUUGCGCCAUUCCAACCCCCACCAGCUCUCGCAGGCUGCUCCACCAUGAACGAUGAGGUCAUCAGCACUAACGCACUGGCUUGGCUGGUCUGCUCGGGAGUGUCCAUCCUGGCCAACACCUGGGGCAUCCUGAGCGUGAGCGCCAAGCAGAAGAAGUGGAAGCCAUUGGAGUUCCUCAUUUGCACUCUGGCUGGCACGCACAUCCUGAACAUGGGCAUCCCCAUCACCAUGUACUGCGUCAUUCAGCUGCGUCGACAGCACUCAAACUAUGAGUGGAACGAAGGACUCUGCAAGGUCUUCGUCUCCACCUUCUACACCCUUACCUUGGUCACCUGCUUCUCCGUCACUUCUCUGUCCUACCACCGCAUGUGGAUGGUCCGAUGGCCUGUCAAUUAUAGGUUGAGUAAUACCAAGAAGCAGGCCGCCCAUACUGUCAUGGGCAUCUGGAUGGUCUCGUUCAUUCUGUCCACACUGCCCGCUGUGGGCUGGCAUGAUACCACAGAACGCUUCUACACCCACGACAACUGCCGCUUCAUUGUGACCGAGAUCGGCCUGGGCUUCGGUGUCUGCUUCCUGCUGCUGAUCAGCGGGAGUGUGGUGAUGGGCGUCAUCUGCAUAGGGAUUGCCCUCUUUCAGACCUUCUCCAUUCAGAUGAGCCAAAAUGUGGACAAGAACAAAUUUAAUGUGCCCACCAUCGUAGUGGAGGAUGCCCAAGGCAAGAGACGCUCGUCCAUUGAUGGCUCAGAGCCCAUCAAGACUUCGUUGCAGAUCACCUAUCUUAUCAGUGGAAUAGUCUUCAUAUACGACUUUCUAACUGGGUUCCCCAUAUUGGUGGUGAGCUUUGCUAGCCUGAAAUUUGACCGCUCCUACAGCUGGAUGGUGCUGUGUGUGCUGUGGUGCUCCAUAGCUCAAUCCAUCCUCCUCCCCAUGUUCCUGUGGGCUUGUGACCGCUACAGGGCUGACAUCAAAAUGGUCUGGGAGAAAUGUGUGGUCAUCAUGUCCAACGAUGACGUGGAUGAAGAAAACAGCCAGGAUGGAGGCAUUCAUCCGGACUUAAUAUAUGACAGACCGUUUGACUAUAGCUCCAGUGCUGAUAUCAUGACGGUAGACCGUAUUGCCUUAGAAAGGGGGGGCCCCCAGGGUUAUCCAAUGAGGGAGCUUCAGGAAGAUAAAAUGCACUAUUUGCAGGUGCCCCCUACAAGAAGAUACUCCCACGACGAAACCGACAUGUGGACCACCGGUCAGAUCUCGUCUUAUCUGCAUCGCUGGGGCUCCACAAAGGACAUCAUUGGCAUCCCUCAUUACAGCUCACCACACCACGAGAGAUGGCGGAGCAGCCCGGUAUCCUGCCACGAGGAGAGCCACGCUCACCGCAAACGGAGGCGAUCCGAGGACAUGCAUUCGCUCAAGCAGAUUCCACGUGUUGAGCGUUAUGAGGACGAUUUCGAGUGCUUCAGCCGUGACGAAGUGAUUAAUUUCAUCGAUGAGACGCCAUUGGCUAGUCCAAUGAGGAGCCCGUGCCGCACCUCUGUGAUCUCUCUUGUCCCUCAGACGUUCAAGCAGCACAAUGUCUUGCUGCCGCAUUUCCCACUCACAUACUUCGAGUGUGAGCCUCAAGUGUUGAGACGCUGCUCUGAGCACGGCAGGGGUUCCACACUAACGGAGCUCCCUCAGGAUAUAUCAAGGAAGGUGAAGGGCUGUAGUGACAGCAGAAGUGCCGUGGGUGAGGACUCAAGCAGUAAGGGAUGCCACGAGCAUAGGCGCGAUGCGAAGCACACAUCAGAACUGGUUUCCAUGGGCUGGUUUCCACGGACAAGGGAUCAGGCCUCUUCAAGUGUUAGGACAGGACAGGUAGAUGCACCUGCUUGGGUGAACCAGAAGCACCUUUCUAAAGGUGAAAGCAAAAGAAGCACAAAUCGUUUUUUAAGCUUGCAAUCUGUGUCGUCGGGCUAUAACACUUUUCACUCCGAAUCCAUAGGAUCCACAAACUGAGAAACAGUUUUUCGAAUAUUAUAAAAUAGUCCCCGAUAUGGUUAUUAGUAUUAUAACUUUGACUAAAUAGAAUUUUUUUUUUAACCUAGGAACUGGACUCUUGGAUCUUGAGAUGUGGUUGAUACAAUAUGACGUAGGCUAGACCUUAGUCAGAGUAGAUGCCAUAUUUUAUUUGAUGCCAAUCAAAGCAAGGCUGUGAUUUGUAGAAGUACAAUCCGUUCAAUGGGUUGUAUUGUUGUAUCGUUUGAACAGCCAGUGAAACAUUGAAAAUACACCUUUCCAGAAACAUUCGAGUAGACGUAAAACUCAGGAAAACAUUGUUGUGAAUUUAUAGGCUACAACCCAUUGAACGGACUAUAGCACUUCUAUUCCUCACAGCCUUGUUUUCAAUCUUGUCAAACUGAAUAUGGCGUCUUCCCUGACUAAGGUCCAUAAAGACAUAUUACAUAAUUACGUUGUGUUACUGAUAUAGUACUGUAUUGCUUUCUUUGAUAUUGACAUUUCAGUAAACGGUUUGAUUUGUAGAUUUCUGAUUCAUUUUAUGUAAUCUCAAAGACCAGCUUGGUUGUGGAAAGGUUCUGAACUUAAGCAGUAAGCUAUAUAGCGUUUGUUUACAGCACAUAACCACUCACAGAGUGGCUUUUGUAGACACUUUUGCUGUGUUUUUGAUGUUUCUGGUGGUGUAGCGUGUUUUUCACAUUUUUUUGUUUUUUUGUUUUUUUUUACUAAACGAAAAAGAUAUUUUGUUAUAUUGUUUGAAUUUGAAAUUUUCAUAUUUUUGAAACACAGUGUUCUCUUUGUAGAUCCAGACAUUCUUGUCAAAAGUAUUUAAAAAAAAAAAAAAAAAAAACUGCAUUAUUUCACCAUUUUUUCUUUUUUUUUUUUUAAAUCAGUUUGUGUUAAGUGCUCUGUGAUGAUUGAAAAUGUGUAUCUGAUGCAAUGUUAUUCAUGAUACAGCCUAUUUGUCUGGUAUCCUGUAACUAUAUGAGAGUAUGAGAAGCUACAUCAUUUACAAACACCUAUAGCCUGCAGUCUACAUGAACUUUUUACAAAAGAAGUGGCAUAUUCUUUUGUCAUAAGGAGAAAAAGAGCUUUCAGUUGAAAACUGGUAUAAUCUGAUUUGAUUUCUAAAUAUAUAUAGACGUAACCAUUGAAUCAGAAUCGGAUAUUUGGUGUAUUAUUUACUGUGUAUGACCAUGUCUUCUAUGCUUAUCCCAAUACAUUUUAGGUUGUCUAA